AUGAGCUUUUUUGGGAGGUUUUCUACCAAGUUCAUUUUCAUGAAAGUGAUGCAUUUUCACCUUAUAAUUGUCUUGCAGUUUAUGUUUGUUUUUAACAGUGCGGCACUGAUAUGCGCCCUGCAGUUUGACAUCAUACGGCGGGGGAGUCCUCUUGCAGCAACCCCACCCCCACAUAUAUAUAGAAGCUUCGAUGUUUCAGGAGUCGAAAACAUGUCGCUGACGUCGAGUUCGAAAGAUAUGCCGCCUGAAAAGGAGGAGGUCAGUGUUUUGCAAGAUAAUAAUGAAAUACCCUCAUUUUUGGGAUUGAGAGGUAGUAAAUUGCAUAAUGCGGUCGCGGGAAUGUGUGGUGUUGGUUUCUUGUUGUUCGGUUAUGAUCAAGGUGUGAUGUCCAGUUUGUUAACUUUGGGCGCUUUCAAGGACACUUUUGAGGUCUACAGAAAUGGAAAUCCAACUAUGCAAAGUUUUAUUAUUGCCAUCUACGAAAUUGGUUGUAUGGUUGGCGCUCUCUCAACUCUUUAUUUGGGAGAUAAAUAUGGCAGAGUUAGGUUGGUGUUUGCUGGCGCUUUUAUUAUGUUGAUAGGUGGUGCACUUCAAGGCUGUGCCUAUACUGUUGCUCACUUGAUUGUUGCAAGAGUCGUAUCUGGAAUUGGAAAUGGUUUGAUUACCAGUACAGUUCCGGUAUGGCAAGCUGAAAUCGCCAAGCCUGAAAAGCGUGGUAAGCUUAUUGCACUUCAAGGUGCUCAAAUUACUUUGGGAAUUGCAAUCUCGUACUGGAUUGAUUUUGCAUUUUACUUUACAGACCCAAGUCCUGCUGCAUGGCGGGUUCCUGUAUCACUCCAAUGUGUUUUCCCAUUAGUAAUUCUUCCUCUUGUGUUGAAAUUACCUGAAUCUCCACGUUGGUUGAUUCGAGUAAGAAGAGAAGAAGAGGGUAGACGAGUAUUUGCGGCUUUAUUGGAAAAACCGGUAGACGAUUAUUUGGUAAAUCAGCAUAUGAAUGAAGUGGAGGAAUCGUUAGCUGCAGAACGUGCACUUGGUGGUGAGACUUUCCUGAUGAAAAGGCUUUUUACCCAAGGUGAAAAGAGAAAUUUUCACAGACUUUGCUUGGCUGGCUGGGCUCAGCUUAUGCAACAGAUUUCAGGUAUCAAUUUGAUCACCUACUAUGCUGGAACAAUUUUUGAAAAAUAUAUUGGAAUUGAUCCUCUUCCAUCCCGGAUUUUGGCGGCGUGUAAUGGUACUGAGUACUUUUUGGCGUCGUUGAUUCCAUUGUGGACAAUUGAAAGAUUUGGUAGACGUCCACUUUUAUUGAUCGGCACUGCAGGUCAAUGUCUUAGUAUGGUGGUUUUAACUAUCACGACAAAAGUAUCUGAUAAUCAGGGCAAGUCUCAACCCCCAGCCAUAGCCGCGGCGGUAUUCCUUUUCGUGUUCAAUUCGUUUUUCGCAAUUGGUAUGUUGAGUAUCACUUGGUUAUACUCUCCGGAAGUGAAUUCAAUUGAGAUCAGAGCUCCAGCUGCUGCCAUAUCCACCGCGUGUAACUGGAUUUCCAACUUUGCAAUUGUAUUGAUUACAAUUCCAGCUUUUGACAACAUCAACAGUUUCACUUAUCUCGUUUUCGGGAUGAUUAACUUUCUCAUGUUGCCAGUAAUUUAUUUCUUGUUCCCAGAAACAGCAGGAAGAAGUUUGGAGGAAAUGGAUCUUAUUUUCAAGCAAACCCCAGUGUGGAAACCAUGGCAAGCUGUCAAGAUUGCACGAGAAAUGCCAUUUAUUCAUGCUGGAGCUAUGGAAGAUAUUGAAGAAAAGAGAAUGGCGGAAUUUGAACAUACAGAACACGCAGGAUUGUUUGAGGAUAAUUCCAUCACAGAGAAAAUGUCAAUGAAAAACGACAAAAAUUCAAUCUAA